UUCUUGUGUGAAAUAAAUUUAGCCCCGGUAUUAACGUAGCUUAUUUUAACAGUCAGACUCAAGUCUUUGAAGGUAAUACGGAUCUAAGUUUAGGUCAGUAAGAUUUUUUGUAACGGGAAGUCUAAAAUCCGACAUCCGGGAAAAAUAACAUGAAACUUGAUUUCACAGUACUGAAACGAAACCUAAACAUCCGGAACACAAACCACUUAAGUGACUUGUAUGCUUUUGGUAACUGAAGGUGUGUCUCAAUCAGCCACUUUCCAGACCCGGGCUCAGUCUCCCGAAGGCGCCUUAACGCUCCGUCGUACGCAAGUUUUAUCUUUUAACACAGAACUUACGAACGAAUACGAUCCGGCAUACGAACGAAGUUCGAAGUUCUCCGAAGUAUUCCAGAAAAAGCGAAGGGCUACGCCUCUGCGGAUCCAACUCAGGUGGAAGACAGUGAUUGACACACCUAGUCGACGAAAUAAAACUGAGUCGGGAAGUUUUUGGAAACGAGACUGUUUAUUGUAUUUUUUUGUUUCCAUUUGACAUAAAUAGUAAAAAUGUCCUUAUCAAGCUGCACUACGGACCAAGAGCAAUUCAAAUGCCUGAUCUGUCUGGAUUUACUGGAAGCCCCAGUGACAAUUCCUUGCAGACACAGUUUCUGUAUGGACUGCAUUAAGCGCGUAUGGGAUUGGAAUGAUGUUACUGGCAUCUACAACUGUCCCUGGUGUUCGAAGAACUUCAGCCCUCGGCCAAAUCUGACCAUAGAUGUCAUUCUGAAUAAGAAGGUGGAGGAGAUAAGAAGGUCCCGAACUAGAGAGACACUGUUGAGCAGUUCUGCUGGGAAGAAACGGAAGGCCCCGGACUCCCCAGCCCUGGCGAGGUCGGUGCACGUGUUUGGGAUACAGAAAGACAUGGUCUGUGCUUUACACCAUAGACCGCUGGAUGUUUACUGUCGUACGGACCAAAGGAGCAUCUGCUCUCAGUGUGUGACGGAGCUGCACCAGCCACAUGAGACAGUCUCUGUGGUCACUGAGAGGAAGAUGAGACAGGAACAGCUGGCGAUGGAGAGAAACAGGUUCCAGAAGAAGCUCCAGGAGAGGGAGAGAAAGCUGCUGGAGACCAGGAUGACUUUGGAGUCCUUCAGGGCCUCUGCAUGGGAAGCAGAAGAGAACGCUAAGAGUAUCUCUGCUGAGCUGAUCCAGACAAUUGAGGGAAGGUGCUCUGAGGUGAUCGAGGAGAUCAAAAAUCAGGAGAAGGCUGCAGUGGAUGAAGCCAAAACGCUGCUUCAGCGAAUGGAGCAGGAGAUUGCUGAGAUGAGGAAAAGGGACUCUGAGCUGGAGCAGAUUUCACGCACAAAGAAUCCUGUCCGUAUCUUACAGCAGAGGUGGCCUUUACCGAGCCUCCCAGCAGAACCUGACGAUCCCCCAAACCUGGUUGUAGACCUGCAGCUUCCCCUUGAGAUGAUGAAGGCAGCUCUGUCCAACCUGAAGUGGCAGAUAGGGGAUAUGUGUGAUGCAGAGGUGAUGAGAAUCUCAAACACAGCAAAUGAUCCCAGUUCUACUCAUGGGUCCAGUGCUGCUCCAGAGCGACCGUCUAUUCCAGAACAGUCUGAUCGAGAACCGAGCUCCAGACCAGAAUUCUUAAAAUAUGCCUGCCACCUGACUUUUGACCAAAAUACGGCCAACCAUGAGCUAACCCUGUCUGCAGACGGGCAGGAGGUCACACGGGGGGACAGACAGUACUAUGCUAUCUUCCCAGAGAGGUUCGUCUCUAAGAGCCAGGUCCUGUGCCGGGAGGUCCUGUCCGGUGGCCGUUUUUACUGGGAAGCUGAACUGGAGGGGACCAAGGCAGAGGUGGCGGUCACGUACAGAGGCAUUAGCAGAAAGGGGACCACAUCCCGUGCUUCCUUCGGGGCCAACGAUCAGUCCUGGAGCUUAGACUGCAUCAACGGGGUUUACUCUGCCUGCUACAAUAUGAAGCGCAUUGAUAUCAGGGUACCUUACAGCCCCCGGGUGGGAGUGUACCUGGAUCACAAGGCCGGGACUCUGUCCUUCUACAGCGUUUCCGACACCAUGACUCUGCUCCAUAGGUACCAAACCACCUUCCAUGAGCCCAUGUAUGCUGGGUUUUGGGUUGGUUCUGGAGCAACCGUUAAACUCUGCCAUCUGCAACAGUAAGGAAUUGCACAUUUGUGAAGCAGAAAACGAGACAGAGAGGAUGGUGCAUACACACAAAAGGUCAUGUAGAAUGUAUCACGUGUAUAAAUUCUGCCUUGCUUGCCUUCAGAAUUAAUCUGCCGUUGUGCAAAUUGAUGUAAAUCAUUGAUGAGUGGCUGCCUCCCAUCUCAGAAGUUCUUUCACUAAUGGACAAAUGUGAAAGCAGAUUGGGGAUGAACCGAAAAUUGCGUAUAUACUGUAGCUGAUGUUUACUCGCGUCUCCUCAAGGACCUUAAACUGUUUUGUGUACUUGCACCCCCAACAUAGAACACGAUAACAUAAACAGAGAUAUAACCCUUACUUAGAACCGGCUCUGAAUUAAGUUUCAGAAUUGCUGUAUUUUACCGUUUACUGUUCUUAGUUUUUGUAUUUUGUAGAUUUUGUUUUCCUAGUGUUUCCUUUGUAUUUCUAGUUCUUCUGUUUCGUAACUUGUAUUUUCUUGUUUGUUUUUGCGUAUAAGCUGAAGAGUAGCAAUUCAGUCUAUAAGAACAUGUUUCCAUUUUUAAAAUUAUGUUAUUAUGGUCUAAUGUAAUUGCAUGUUAUUCUACUGAAGGUAAGAUGUACAGGCACGGCCUUUCAGGGACAGACGCUAUGGCACGAAGCGAGCACAAAUAAUUCACAGUAUUUACUGAAAAUUAACCCCUAAAGCCUGUUUGAUUAAUUAGAAUCCAGCUGUCAGAAGGUCAGACAGUAAAAAUAAGAACUAUGUGUUUGAACAAACUGGACAGGAUUAUCAUCUGACCAACGAAAGAUUAACCUGACUCAAGCUCAGCAUCAGCUAUUUGUUGUUUUUUGACACCAUCUAGUGGCUCGUUGCGUAAUCUAACGCUUUAGUCUAUUGUGCUUGGUUUGUGGUUUAAGUGUUUGUGAUGCUGCCAAUACAUUUCAAAAUUUCAAAAUUUACAAUUUCAAAAUCAAUCAUGCAAUACCAGGGCUGCAAUACCUUGGUUGCCACCUACUGGAGGGAAUGGGCAUAGCAGAAACCAUUAUUUCAAACUGGUGAUUACAUGAAAGUUGACUAUGUACCUGGUACAUUUCAUGCAGGCCAUGGUCAGUGUGUUUUCUGAAACAAUAAAGAAAAAUAGAAAUUAA